AUGACUAGCUGCUAUCCAAGGACACCAGCGUCAACAACGGAGCCCUCUGCCGCCAGGAGUGAGACCUUGAGUGCUCCCAAGACGCCAGACCCUCUGAGCACAAAGGAGAUCAUCUACAAGAAGCCUAUCAUGAUAGACGAUAUCGUCUUCACUACCACUGUCGAUGUCAUGAUGAAGGCUCUCCAGAAGAGAAAGGGGAUUGUGGCUGCCUACGGAGGAGAGUGUCUCUGGUUUCCGAACGUGACCAAGUCGACGCUCGAAGGAUUCGGGAUUGGGUCUACUCGCUCGCUCUGGUUCGGCAAUGGCCUGGACGGGAAAGAAGCGUGGGACCAUAAGCCUGUGCGUGAGCAGCUUGUUCACGCUGACGGCGUAGCCUACUCCCUUCGUUGGCAAACCUUCAACGACAACAUUGGCGAGGUGCUGUCAUUUUCCACCCUCACGCUUCGUGCCAUUAGCGACAACACCACGGAGAUAACCUGGUCUGGAGAGACAACCUUCCCUGACGGGCCUGUGCGGGAUGGUCUCAAGGUAUUCAUUGAGGCCAUGUAUAUUGGAGCCAUGGAGGCCAUUGCGAAAAGGUUGGAGAAGUAA